CAGUCGAUUCCCGUAGAUUCGGGAUUCGGCGACGUUGUGUUGUGGAUCCGGCAGUGUCGCAAUGGCCCUUGCCGAGGGGAGAUUUCGUAGACGUAACUGCACCAAGAGAGUCGAACAAUUGUUAUGCUCCGGAGUAGUAGCGAUGUCCGAUAGUGCCAGGUUCGAGAUUCGCAUAGAUAUAUAACUACUCAUAUUCCCCUUCCUUUACCAUCCCCCUCACCCACGGUCGGUGUCAAGAUGGAUGCUUGGAAGCCGACGAAUUUUCGUGCGUAUGUAAAACCGCGUGAUUCGUAGAGUUAUGCUUACUAAAAUUUCACGAUAAAAAAAACAAACGUUUAACCAUCAUAAAACUGAAGUGUCAGGUGUUGAAAUCUCAUGUUUCGCGAAGUGAUAAGAAAACGGAGUUAAAAAAAGUAACAUUGUUGGUAUGGAAUAAAUCACGUUUAAAGUGCAUAUCAGUGAUGAGAAUAACAUCUGCCAUAAGUGGAAUAUUGGCAAAGUACCACAAUGGUGGAUAACAAUUGCAUUAUCGAGGGGAAUGUCAAAUUUCGCGACGGUAAAAAGUGGAAAUCACGAUGGUGCGUGAUGAGGAAGCUGUCCCCGGUAGCAGACUGUCUACACCUGCAACUAUAUGGAGACAGCAAGGAUAGGUACAAACAAGGCCAGACUAAGGCCUCAUUGAGCUUACAACAUUUUUUGGGAGUUGAGAGUGGUUUUACACUCGACAAGGAAUCGAACACCAUUGCUAUAAUAUGCCAGGACUUGACGGUUGUUCUCGCUUUCGACACGAGAGAGCGACUCAUACAAUGGCAGGUCAAGAUUUCCAACAAUUUAGGAGAAGAUCAACAAUUUUUAAUUUUGAUAUCGAGCGCACCGGCAAAAGCGAAAUUGUCGAACGGGCCGGCGCAUUUGCACGUGCAGGAUCGUCGCUUUUGCAUCACAGUAGGCGUGCCGCCGAGAUUGGUCGGAAUUUGGGAGAUUGCACAUUUGCGACGCUACGGAGUGGUCGAGGGACGUUUUUGUUUCGAGGGUGGUUCGCGUUGCGGUCGUGGCGAAGGAUUGCACGUCUUGAUAACGGACCAGGGUGAUGACAUCGUCAAAACUUUGCAGUUAGCAGCUGAGGGAAAACUGACAACGAGGAAGAGGCCAAAUUGUCGCGAGAAUUCCAUGCAAGAAAGCCCACGCCGUCAAUUUUCACGCUCCGAAACACGCGCGAGCGAUUUUUUUGCAUCUAGCGUUUACACGACCACUGCCCAGUACGAGGAUCAAUGCGAUGGUUGUAAAAACGAGAGUUCACCCUGUUGGUCGUCGACUGAAAGUCGACAUCAAAACGAAAUCGAACCUGAUUACAGCUGUCGCGAUACCGUUUCUGUUUCUGAACUAACCGAUCAACCCGGCGAAUGGAGAAGCUGCUCACUCACACGGCAGAGCACAACCGGCCUCGAGAGAUGCGCUAGCUGCAUCAGUAAACUCGGCACAAUAUCAAAAUCCUCGACUUCUGGUACCACGUGCACGAGCAGCGCUCUUCGGAGUCCAGCACCAACAGCCAAUAACUCAACGUGUCACUUGCCGUUGCGGGCAUUCGACAGAUUAUCGCUGUCUUCGUACAGCAGCAGUAGCCACGAGAGCAGUGAUUACUCGGGUUCGCAAGCGGUGGAUUGUCAAUGCCCGACGCAGCAAAAUCCGAAGAAUACACAAGUUCAACCGAUCGCACGUUCAUCCCCGAGUCCAACGGCACUGCCACCAAGACCUGUCAAACAAUCCGUCCCAGUUGUCGCGAAAAAGCCAAAAAAGCCCCCAAUGCCAUUACCAAAUGAACAACAAUCGUGCACUUGCCGACCUAACCAAGCUGGCAAUCGAAACAGUUCGGGUUCCGGACCGUACGAGAAUUAUGACGUUCCGAAAACGAUCCUGGGACAUCACAUGUCGUUCGAACCGAGUCCGCCACCAAGCGCUGAUCAGUAUUACGACACGCCACGAAAAAUCAAGGAAUGUCUAGCACUGCCAAAGAUAUAUCCGAAUUACGAUACACCACACAUUCCACAAGCUGUUGUUUUACAACAAUGCGGUUGUCCGGCGAAAAUGCCAGCGCAGUCGCCGAGGUCGUCGACCUGUCCUUGUCACAACGUCAUGAGUUGGGCGGGAUUCGUUUUACCUUAUUGCCGACGCGGUGCCGGAAUCGAAGCUACCGGUGUCAACGUACAGCCGGUUAAACUCUCCGGGGAGGGUAAAAUGCCGGUUGUGAACGCGAGCGGUGAGCUGGCAAUUUACGGGAGCAAAACGAAUGACGAGAUGGAAGAAAGAAAAGGCGCGGUGGACAAGGACAACUGCGAAUGCGAGGCUAAAAGCACUAUGAAUAAUUACGAGAACAUCGCACCGGUGAUCGAUACCCAACCGGAGUCAGCAAAAACCGCCAAUUACGCGAACAUCGAUUUCACCGAGUCUCUCGAGCAUUACGAAAACAGCAAAGAUGUUAUCGCCAAAGCGGGCAUCACGAGAAACGAAAUCGAAGAAUUAGCUGAUCAGCUCGAAGAGUCGAGCAACGAAAAAGAGGCUGAUGACGUUGAGAACAAAGUUUGCGCGAAGUGCGGCCACGUCAAAGAUAUCAGUGGCUCCGAUUACUUGAUGAUGGAACCCGAGAAACAGUUGGUCAAAAAACCAUUCGCCGGAUAUUUGUCGAUGCAACCGGCCGCGGCUUCAGUUUCUGCUUCCAGCAGUCCCAUUCCUCCUCAUAAUGCUUGCUCGAAAGAAAUACUUUCGCGCAUUUGCAGCAGCGGUGUUAAAAGCUCGAGCAAUCCAACGCUUUUUGGCUCUUCAACACCGGAAACGAUCCGGAAACGCUCCGACUCGGAAUUCCGAGUUCCUGGUUCCGCGAUGUUAUCCAGUCCUUAUCUUCGACGUCGUUUGAUCGAUCCGACCGGAAGUCUCGAGGCACCCGGUAAUCUCGGAAUGCUAUGGCGCAAGAGAUCUUACUCCGCCGAAUCGGCGCACUAUCUCGACGAACCUAAUCCCGGAUUUUCAUCAAAUCUCACUAUUCAUAAGUGUCCGAGUGAUAUCGAGAAAACCAGUGUCACGAAGGAUCGACAAUCACCGCAUUGCGCAAAUUCUGAUUUGAAAAUCAACACGGAAAACGAUUGCGGAUCAGCCGGACAGCCAUUUUCUAUAAAAAUUCGACGUUCCUCGUCAGUGCCCUCCAAGACUGGACACAAUCGAGACUCUUCGAGCAGCAACGAUUCGGGCGUUUCCACAGGUUCCCUCUCUCACAGAAACGCCGAAUUCGUCGAGUUCGAACUAUCACUCCCUCCUAUAUCCUCCUCGAGGAAACAAAACAUACUCACCGUCUGUCGAAAAAGUCCACCGCCCGUCUGUUUCCACAACAGUUUACCACGGAAAUCCAAGUCCAGCGAUCCCUUGCGCGAAUUGUCAUUUCAAUUUCAAAAAAUCAAAGUACCCACCAAAUCUUCCUCGACCGAAGGCGAUAUUCCUAUUUGCUUACCUAAAAAUACCAAGGGUUUCGGUAGCCCCAACGAAGUCACUGGUACACCUUAUAUCGAUUCCCGCAGCACGAGUAGCGGCACUUCAGACAUGUCCGAUUACAUCGAAACCCUCUCCCUAUCGUCGCACUCGUCAUCCGAUACGCCGGAUAGUCUCAGACUCGGGGGCCGAGCAGGUACGACGACUUUACGUCCGCGCAGUGGAAAAGAAUAUUACAAAAUAGAUCGCAGUAUUCUCGUCGAGCAAGGCCGCACGCAAUUGACAUCGUCAACACAAUCAAGCUAUGCAAACAUUACCCCGGUCAUGGAGAAGAGCGAAUCACCAUCGCCUGGAUACAUGAGCAGCUCGCCGUUUGAACAACCUCAGCCGACGCGAGAUCACUUUCUCUUUCCCGAGGAGGCCUGAGCGCUACGAAAGUGUCGGGGAAACGCGAAUGGAAGAGAAUCACCAAAAGUUCCUAGGGAUUCCAAACACAUUGAAUACUAAAGGAGUGGGUACUGAGCAUUGAUCGGGAAUGAAGCAAAUGAGUGAAGAGGCAAAUGAAAUGAAAAAAGAAGAAACGAAGAGCGAGUGGAAGCACGGAAGGAAGGAAGAAACAUGGAUAACCGGGGCGAUGGCGACUAUUUAAACUAUACGCGGAUAUCUGGUGAUUAAUGGAAUAUUUUUUUAGACAUCUACUUAAUGUUCCGGGGUAUGAACAUUUGUCUUGUGAAAAAUAGUAGAAACGAGGAGAAUUAUUUGACAACGACAUCCGCUGCGCGAAGAAUCAUUUAUCAUUCGCCCUUUAGUUACCCUCGGAAAUCUGUGAUAGGCUCAGUUAGGAAAGAUCUGAAAGCUCAUUUCUCUCGAGUCUUCCCAUCUAAAAAAUACUUGGUUCGAUAAAUUUGUUUAAUUUCGCCUUCCGCUCGCUGAUCUCUAAAAAAAUCCAUAAACCAUUUUUCACUUCUGUCAAUCUUCAAACACCAAACGAAACUAGGAUUCUGUCGUAUAGUCGAAAUAGAGUCAAUAAUCAAAUACUUCCUACAACGACUUGAACAAUUUCUAAAAUACGCUCAAUGAGAAAUUUAUAAUAGAGAUUGUAUAGGUGAAGAUCCUGCCCUAGAUUAAAGAGGAUAUUGCAUGAAUCGUAUACUUUGGAUGACUAUAUAUCCUUUCUCUUUCGAAUGCUUUUAUUUUCGAUAAGUAAACACUUUUGUAGGUAUCGUAUUGUACAGACAGGGAAAAAGAAUAAUGCAAUUGAAGGCUCUUUUGUUUAUACAAUCAUGAAAAACAAAAAGACCACAGUCGAACGAGUCUUUUAUUAUAUUCGAAGGAAAAGCUAAUGAGAUUGGAUGAAACAAGAGGAAAAAGAAGGUUCAUUUUUUAUAUAACUCACAGGGUUUUUUGUACUUAAUUACAAGAUUUUUAUGAUGAAAAUCAUAGUUUUUAAAUCACAAGUUGUAUCACGAAUCAACAACAAAACAAAUCAAAGACUUUAUUCGGAGGUAAGACUUUCCCACAAAUCGUAGCUAUUGCUUUCGGUAGACUUUUCCUCCCCUUUUUAACAACUAUAAAACCUCAAUUUUUGCAACACUUCGAGGUACGUGCAAACGCGACUGAGAAUAAUUGUUUAAUGAUAACUUAUUCGUUCAAAUUUCGCGUACAACGAACUAUUUUUAUGAGACUUUACUCUUUUACUUUGGUCGAUACAUUUGUCAAUCCCAAGUCUCACAUUUUUUCUUGCACACGUACAACACUGCGAAAGAAUUAAAUAAUUUUUUAUACACAGUAUUUUAUUCAUCUGAUUUUUUCAACAACUGCUUUCCAUCCGAAGAUUCUAAUGAUCAAAUCCUGCAGCUUGAACGCUUCGACGUCUUAUCUUUCUUAAACAUGAAAUCGAAUCUGUGGAAAUCAUGUUAUUGAAUUUUAAUCGAUUAUUCGAUAUCGAAUAAUCCGCUCCGAAAUGUCCCAUCCACAAAAGAGCAAUUACAUCUGUACUUAAUUAGUUUAUGAUAUCAUAUUUCAUUCCUCGGUUACGUUUUUAUCUUGUUUCAUUUGAAAAUGUUUUGUUUUAUCACGAUUUUAAGUUAUUCAAUAGCGUGUAGCCAUUGAUUAUUUUAUUUAUGAGAGAAAAAAUAUUUAUUCUACACGGUGCAGGAUUAUCGAUUUUUAACUGAAAGGAUAAGCCACAAUUUAUUUAUAAUUGCCGUAAAGGACCCCACAUAUACCUAAGAUUGAAUUUAUAUAAGUUCACACGUUAUCGUGCAGCUAUUUUAAUCUGUUUUCAUUUUGUCUCGUUAAAGGAUUUUUCUUUCGUUUUUUGUAAUAAUUAUUUCCAUAUCUUCGUCCCUAAGGCAGCUAUAGGAAUUUUCCGAACUAUAUAGAUUGAAAUAUUUGCAUAACGAGCAGCUGAUUAAAUUUUUAUUCUGAGUAGUAUAUAGUGAUAUAUUGAAACGCAAUAAACGAUGAGAAUGUAACGAAAGUGAGAGACACUCUGUUAAAUAAUUCUAUCUCCAUUUUUCCCCUCGAAAAAUGGGCAAACCGAAGAUAAAACAAAAGAAAUGGGAAUUAGUAAGAGAUGAAAUAAUGAAUAAUAAUAUAUACGUUCAAUAAAAAGUAUUUUCCGUGCCGAUGUCCAUGAUUAUUGUACUUCGUACCGAAGAAUAAUGGAAUAUAAUAUAUAAAUAACAAAAUCAAAUUGCAUACAGUCUCGUGUGUGACAAUAAGUCAUAUUAAUACAAAAUCAUUAUCAAAAAUAAUAAAACAGAAAUCGAUUAAUUGAGGGCUUCUAAAAAAAAUCUACAAUAAAUCCAACAACGUCAAAGCAAAAAACAUUUAUACGAAAACAUCCGAAUAUCUUCAAUAGACUAUUCUCGCAUACACCUUGAUAACGAAGGGAAAAAAUCCCCUCGACGUUCCGUGACGUCGAGCAGGAACACAAACUCGCUUUCAAAUGAUGAAAUGAUACCUUUCGUAUUUCUACAAUAAUCGAACUCUCGCCACGAGACCGCAUUCGUUUGUUUUUAUUUUUCAAUAUACGAAACACCGUGCACCAACGGCUUUCCCGUAUGACUUUUUCACAACGAUUAAUCGCCGUUAUUUGUGCGCUCGUUGACAAAGUAUUAUAGUAGUAUUAUCACAAGACUGAUAAUAGCACGGGUGGCCCACUAUUGAGUGAGGAAUAGAAAGAAAUGAGGAAAUGAAAGAAAUAUGAGGACUAAUGUAAAGCAAGUUUAUAUUCAUCGGAUUUAUACAUUUGUAUUUAUGUCUGUCGAUUUUCUAAUUAAAAAAUUCACUUAUCAACUCAAUCUCAAUGGAAAGAAAAUUGUCAAAAAAUAUUUUGUAGAAUUAUUCAAACUGUCGAGUCCCUCCACAAAAUGAUGACUAUUUAUUAGAAUUUUUGAUUGAAGCUUCAGGCAAGCUCAUAUUUCUGGAUAAAAUGAAUUGAAACAUCGUGUGAAAGUAUAAUCAAAAUAACCGAAAUGAAUUUUCUGUAAAUUCAAUUGAAUUUUCGUUUUCUUCAUUUUUCUUCCAAAACUCUUGUUGCGCCGCCCACCGCAAUUUUUCUACACAAUAAUAUUUGAAAAUACUUUCGGGAACACGUUACUAUAUCAUCUGCUGACGUAAUCAUUGCAAAAGCAGUUUUCAAACCGUUGUCUCGAAUAAACGUUUUUUUUGCACGUGAGCCUUCAUACAAGUGCUCGUUAAAAAACGAAAGAAUGAUAGAACUUAACGUGUGAAUUACGUCUACGUGAUUUUACGUGUGAGAGUGAGAAAAGAAAUUGAAUGAGGAGAGAUCUUAAUCAUGAUAUAGUGCCACGCAAAUAUUUCAGGUAUAUAAACGGUAUGAGAAAUAUUUAGUAUUUUAAGGAUGGAGAAUGAGCGAGCGUACAUAGCUUCCUCGAGGAUUCCGAUAUCCCUGUGGAUCUAUUAGAUUUUAUUAUCCCUAAGAGUAAUGUAGUUUCGUGAAUUUAGGGACCCACCAUAUUCCCAUACGAGAAAAUUCAUUCUAUUCGCGAUUAUAUUGUACGUACUACGAAAACAAGAAAACAGAACGAACGAAAAUGAAGAGCAAAAGAAAAAAAACAUAUUUUAGUUAAGUGAUUCCCAAUUGCUCAAAACGAUUGAAUUAAACGAAAUUAUAAAUUGUGUGUCGUUUUGGCUUAGCCAGAGUAUAGUUCAAUCGGUUAGUUUACUCGUACUUUAAUCUUCAUUGAAAAAAAAACAACGUAUGCGGAAGCGCAAAAGUUUCGACACGACAUUGCGACUCGAAUUGGCGAUUGUAUUUUAUACUUUCACUUUUGUAUUCUCAUUAGGUGUGUUUUCGAUAUUAUUUUUCACAAAAAUUGUAACCAAAAAUAUGAUUGGGAGUUGCUUUUGUAAACACACAUACUAGUCAGAGGUUGAGUACUAUUAUUUAGCGAUAAUAUAUUUUUAUUGCGAAAUAAAUGAGAAAGAAUGAGAAAUGCAUUUGGUAGCCACUGGUCAAGAAAACACCACUUUAAAUCUCAAUGUCUAUCAUUAUACCAUGAAAAAAUUCUCCUCUGAGAGGGUAGAACAAUACGAGAGAAAAAACCUCUUAAAAAAUGUAUCGAUUUUGGUUCUGAGCCAAAGUUAUUUUCCUGCUAUUCAAUUCACGAUUAUGAAUCAUUAUUUCAUUUAAUCGUCGAGUCCUCGAACGAUGGUACUGGAAGAGCAGCAUUUUUCUUUUUUAUUUAUAUAUAAAACCUCGAGUAUACAAUUAGAAAUUGUAGUAGCCUUAAUAAACUACUGUACAUGUGUAAGGAAACUUUGUCACUGAAAUCAUCCCAGCGAAAUGUCAGAAGUUUUCUUUAUUUUUGAGAAUUGAUGGGUGAAUGAAAAACGUACUGAAAUUUACGAGAGAACGAAAAGCCCGGUGUACGAGGAACGUUGGAAUGAAAAACACGAGUCGAAGUAAUGCGAUACCCCAUUGAAGCUGGGAAAACGAAUCUUUGUAAAAACAGGAAAAUAGUUGAAGUUCGUUGCGAACGAUGGCUCCAUCGAGCUUUAACGUAAUUUCAAAAAAAAAGAAAAAAUAUAUUGACAUCGGAAUAUGACUAGCUGAGAAUGAAAAAUUGAAUAUUGUAACGGAAUUCAUUGAUUCUAAACUAUAACUAAAACGUUUUUGUAAAAUCAUCGAUUUAAAAACAAAGAAGAAGGUAAAAACGUAAGAAGAAAAGGCAACAUAUGCAUAUGCGUACUGGCUUCGACAUAACGAUGAACCAUAUCUAUGAAUUAAUUGCGUAUAAUGAAAAAUAAUAAUAAAAACAGGGAGAUGCGUCCAAUAAAUUUGAGAGAAGAAGCGAAUGAUAAGAAAAAAAGGAAUUUUGUACAUACUCUGUGUGGCACAAGUAGCAAAUAUUUUUUUCAAUCUUUGAUUCGAUCAAUAAAACGAUAGAAAAUAAUAAGAAUACACGUUCACACGAUUUUGUAUCGAGGUCUCUCAACGAUUGUAAAUAGCACGAAGACGCUGCACGAUUAAUUGAGAUAAUGAUGGUGUAUAUCCACUGCCAUGGUACAAUAAAUCCAGCAACGUAUCUCUAUGAAGCACAUUAAUAGGGUAUACGACAAUUUAUUUAUUACGAGUUUAAUAAUAAAACAAAACAAAACUCGUUUAUUACUGACGAUCUCUUAAACAAUCUCGCUUAUUAAUCAAACAAAGCAGAAAACAAACUUAAUGCAACUGGAAUUACGUUUGGGAUAGAAUAUUCGUACUUGAAAUUAUACGAACACCAAUAUUAAUGAAGAAAAAUAAGAAAAGUAAAAAAAACAUAACGGUACUACGAACAAGGUGUUUUUUAUUUGAGGAUUUCGUUUGUGUCUUGGCUCUUACUACCUCGAAUGAAAUCUACCAUUUGUUGUAUCGAUCAAUUUACAAGUCUAUUUUCAUAAAAAUUAAGGCUGAGAUUAUUCGUGCCACAUUUUAUUCGGGUUCAACAUUUAUUUAACAUUAAGAACUGCAUCCGAGGGGUUCGAAGUUGGAAAAUCGCAGUUAUGAAUUGAAUAAUGAAUAACGUCACUUGAAUUCCAUUCGAAUAAUUGCUCUAUGAAUAAUUCCACAGCUUUUUUAUCUCAUUUUACUUACUUUUGUAUCUUGGAAUCACUGGAAAUAUUUGACGAGGUGGGACGCAGGGAUAAAAGAGAAUUUGUCUGAUGAGGAACACUCCAAAAACAAUGAUGAUAUGAUAGUUAAACUAUUAAGAAUGAAUUUUGUGAAUACGCGUAGAUAGCCUAUUAUUUUUCUAAUUAAUAUAUAAAGUGAAAAACGAAUUGCUGUUUAUUCAAGCGAAAUAAUGUAACGACAACCGAGUUUUUCCCACGCUAUUUCUUUUUCUUAAUGUUUUACUCCAUUGCAGAUAUUUUAACGCACAUGCAAUAGGUAGAAAAAGAAAACGGAGACUGAGCGAGUUGAAAAUGAAAAAAUAUUUGAAAUUUCGAUUAUUCACAAUUUUGAUUCAUUUAUAGUAUUAAUUACCAUAAUAACCGAACCUGGAAGUACUUCAUCGACGGAAUGACGUAAUGCCACGAGUGAUCACUUCCGUAAUGAGCAAAAACAAACGAGUUUAUACGAAAAAAAACGAACAGAAAAAUUGUAUUUGAUAACACAUAAUGGAGCUUAUGUACUCGUACCGUGUCAAAAAGACAUUUUAUUCCCCCUGGAAACGAAAACCAAAUUAAUCUAAUAUCCUAAAAUUUUCUAUAAAAGGUAAAAAAAGAAAAAUUAAAAAAAAAAAAAUACUUGCAUCGAGGCGAUUAAUUUAAUACGAUAUAUUGUGUAAGUGAAUUUAAAUGAAAAUUGUAAGCAAACUGUAGUGAUCGAAAGCGAAAAAAAUGGAUUUACUUUUAAGGAGUAGAAGAAAUAAAAGUAUGGAAAAACGAAA